AUGGCUGAUGUGUCAACCCUGCAGAAUGACUCCGCCUAUGACAGCAAUGACCCUGAUGUGGAGCCCAGCAGUGCCGUCAGCUCUCCAAGCAGACUGCCCCAGGUGCCCUCGGAGACGGCCGCUGGCUUGGGGCCCAGAGGCCCACAGGACACUUGGGAGUUAGCACCCGCUGUCAGCACCGUAGCCAGGCUGAAAAGCUCCCUCAGCGAUCCGGACAGGAGGUACUCAGAACCCAACAUGGCUUUCUCACAAGAGUGCCUUGACAGCCGGAAAGCUAACCAAAAACUAACACGAAGUGAGGAUGACUUCACCAGGGCCCAGCCAGGCUCUGGUUUUGAAAGUGAGGAAGCUGAGGACCCGUUUCCAGAGGAGGUGUUUCCUGCAGUUGAAGGCAAAAGCCAGAGGCCACAGGACCUAAAGGUAAAGAGCUGGACUCAGGGUUCGGCAUCGCCAUGGGGACCGGUGCCCAAAGCCUUGUCCAAUGGCUCCGUGGACGCUUCCUCGGACAGCUCCCCCAUGGCCUCCCCUUCCAGUCCCAAAAAGAAUUUCUUCACCAGACAUAAGUCUUUCACAAAGACAGACAAAAGUAAGCCCAACAGAGAAAUAAAAAAACACUCCAUGUCAUUCUCCUUUGCCUCUCACAAAAAAGUGCUGAGCAAAACCUCUAGCUGCUCAUCUGUGAAAUCCAAAGACUUUACGAGAGACCAAGUAAGGAAAGAUUUGAAGAAAGUAGGCCAGCUUGUUGGACGAAUCGUCCAGGAAAACGUGUCUGAAAUGCACAGCCACACAGCUCUAGACUUUAGCUCGAGAGCCUGUGCCCACUCAGUUGCCCAGAGGAGCCCAGNUUAUCUGAUACUAAUAUAG